AUGCUUAUGCCUAGUGAUAAAAUUCGUCUCCAACCAGGCAAAAAGCCGACAGAUUUUGAGGAGGAGAUCUCUAAAUGCUUGUUUGACAUACAAACAUCCAACAACUCGGAACUAAAUGCCGAAAUUAAGGAUUUACGCAUUUCAAAGUGCUUAGAAAUCGAAGUAGGUGCUAUUAGGAAGAGGGCUAUUGUCAUAUUUGUGCCUUAUCGGACAUAUCAAAAUUCGGUCCGUAGAAUUCACGGCAGACUCAUCCUAGAGUUGGAGAAGAAGACCAAAAAACACAUAAUAUUGCUAGCACAAAGAACGAUUUUGAGCAAAAAUGCCAAACUUAAAACUUUCAACAUUAGACCUCGUAGUCGUACCCUUACCAGUGUUCACGAGGCUAUUUUAGAGGACAUUGUAGCUCCAACUGACAUUGUUGGCAAGGUAAUGCGGUUUAGACCAGAUGGCACAAGAGUUAUGAGAGUCUAUUUAGACUCUAAUGAUAGACAAAAUGAUAAUAUUGAGGACAAAUUAGAGACUUUUGCCGCGGUCUACAAAAAGUUGACCAAUAAGGAGGUUGUUUUCACUUUUAAGAAUUCGGCAUAG